AUGGGCAAGCCCACUUUCCCAUAUACUUGUCACCCCAAAAAGCAUGAAAGGUAGCUAGGAACAAUCAAAGAUGGAAGUUGGCUUAUAAAUGGAGCUGGUCCAGAACAUGGUUCUGUUCUGGAUUUGAAAGGACACCAUCUAACCUCCCUGCAAACAAAUCAGAAUGCUCAUUGAAUAGCCAGCUUUGUCUAAUCUCCCUGCAAACAGAUUGGGACGAAUGCUCAGUUAAACAGGUCAUCUGCAACACUGGGAAGUGUGCCCCAAACUUCUUAGACUGGAGGUAUAUUUGUUUCUAAAUUAAAAUUCUAAGUGCAUUGCAGAGCUUCCCUCUUGGCUUUGAAUGCAGAAAAAUUCUAGGGCAAUCCACUCACAAGUUCCUUUGAAUUCAAGAGAGCUUCCUCCUAGCCAGGCAAUAACUGGUCUUUUAAAAUCAUUUUUAAUGUUUUAAAUUUUGAACUGGUACUUUUGAUGGUUUACAUUAUUCUUAUGUGAGCCCCCCUACCUCUUUUUUCCCUGGAAAGAAAGCAUAAAAAUAUUUGAAAUAAUAUUUGAGUUUGAACCUGCUCUCCUGGGUCUAUUUUGGUUCCCUCCUUCCAGUGUUGACUGAUUUUAUUUAAAGAGUUAUUGGCUGACUGAUUUGAAUGUUUGUUUUGAUGGGGGCCAGUCUUACUAUGUGGUACACUAAAGUGUGGGAUAUUGCCCUGCUGGAAAAAUGAACUAAUAAGCUGAGAGUCCUUAGGGGACAAAGAUAAAGUGACAAUUUCAUACCUGUUUGGUCUGAUUUGCCUACAAAUGAAGACGGCUGAUAGUGACUCAGUGCAUAUGAAUAAUUUUAAUUACUUUCCUUUGGUAUAAUAAGGUCCAUGUUUUGUAACCCCAUCCUGUUUAACCCUUACGUUAUGUCUAUGCUAUAAAUAGUUCCAGUUAUUGUCUUAUUUAUUUUGGUUUUAUUUUAUACCUGUUUUUGUCCAAGAGUGAUUUAUAAUUGUAAUAUGGACUGCGAAUUGUAUCACCAGAUCUGUUUGAUAGGCACUGUAUUUUGUUGAAUUUUGUAUAACCCUUAAAACAUGUUAUUUAAUACAUUCACAUGGCUGGCCCAAGACAUUCUGGCACCUGAGGCGAAUCACAAAACGGUGCCUCCCUCUGCAACAGGGAAAAAGGGGUGAAUGAAGAUCUAUAUCAGGAAAAUGGCAGAAUAAAGUUCUACAUUGGGAUCUGAUGCCCCUGUGAAUCUUGCCGCCCAAGGCAGUUGUCUUGCCUUGCCUCAUGCUUGGGCUGGCCCUAUACAUUGGGUUAAUGUCUGUUUUGUUUAACAGUGAUGUAUAAUUUUCUAUAACAAUCUUUGUUGCUGUUGUUUAGUCGUUUAGUCGUGUCCGACUCUUCGUGACUCCAUGGACCAGAGCACGCCAGGCACUCGUGUCUUCCACUGCCUCCCGCAGUUUGGUCAAACUCAUGUUGGUAGCUUCGAGAACACUAUCCAACCAUCUCAUCCUCUGUCGUCCCCUUCUCCUUGUGCCCUCCAUCUUUCCCAACAUCAAGGUCUUUUCCAGGGAGUCUUCUCUUCUCAUGAGGUGGCCAAAGUAUUGGAGCCUCAGCUUCAGGAUCUGUCCUUCCAGUGAGCACUCAGGGCUGAUUUCCUUCAGAAUGGAGAGGUUUGAUCUUCUUGCAGUCCAUGGGACUCUCAAGAGUCUCCUCCAGCACCAUAAUUCAAAAGCAUCAAUUCUUCGGCGAUCAGCCUUCUUGAUGGUCCAGCUCUCACUUCCACACAUCACUACUGGGAAAACCAUGGCUUUAACUAUACAGACCUUUGUUGGCAAGGUGAUGUCUCUGCUUUUUAAGAUGCUGUCUAUGUUUGUCACUGCUUUUCUCCCAAGAAGCAGGCGUCUUUUAAUUUCGUGGCUGCUGUUACCAUCUGCAGUGAUCAUGGGUCCCAAGAAAGUAAAAUCUCUCACUGCCUCCAUUUCUUCUCCUUCUAUUUGCCAGGAGGUGAUGGGACCAAUGGCCAUGAUCUUAGUUUUUUUGAUGUUGAGCUUCAGACCAUUCCCAAUUUUUUUUAAAAAAAUAUUGAAUAUGUGUGUGUCUGCUUUUUUCAUUAUACUGUAUUUCCCUCACUUUUCAGUCUUUCCAGCUGCCUAAUCAGGCGGGCUCCACAGUCCACCUAACCCAACCGUCAAUAAAGCUGGGCGCUAGAACGUUCCAUGGCGCCCAUGAGGCGAAGGCGGAGGGCCGCGCCGUCCUGCCAAAACAACGGGUCGAACAGCGCGCGGCCGGAGAUGCAAGCCAGCCCCAUCUCCACUCCAACCCAGCUUGGCGCAUGCGCCUUGUACGAAAGGCCUGCCUCGCGCGCGCGAGCGAGCCUCUCUCCCUCCCUCUUCCCUUCCCUCUGACAGCACUGACAUCAUUGCUGCCGCCGCGCGGAGGAUUGUGGGCCGGGAGGGAGGGCCGCCAUUUUCGGUGAGGAGAGGGGCGGAGCUGAGGCCGCUCAGUCAGCCUUGGAAAGCCGGGAAGGACUUACCUCUGUCUCUCUCUCUCUGUCUCUUUCAGCGGCGGCUGUAACUGCAACAGCCGCGGUGGCGUCGGCGGCUGUGCGGAGACCAGCCUCCUCCUCCUCCCCGGGACUGACAGCCGGCUACUCCGGCCUGGGCGGAGAGGUCAUAGCUGGGGUGAGUGGCCGUUUUUCUGGCAUCCUGGUUCCCUCUCCGCCUGCCUCCUCCGAGCCCCCCCUCCCAGGAGCCAGCGGCCUGCCGCCCCUCCCUACGCCCCCUCCCGCCGCCCCUCAGAGAUGCCGGGAAAGGGCGCCACUUAUGGGAAGGUGUGUGUGUAUGCGUGUCCCGUGUAUAGUGGGGAGCGAUGCUAGAUCUAAUGGGGGGGGGGAGGCGUGAGGUGAUGCUGAUCCCGAGCACCUAAGGCAGAUGGGCAGCCUCUGCGGAGGGAGGGCCAGAUCCUGCGUGGGUGGGUUGUGGCAGCUAAUGAGGAUGAUGAUGAUGAUGAUGAUGAUGAUUAUUAUUAUUAUUAUUAUUUUAUUUAUACCCCAUCGUGGCUGGGUUUCCCCAGCCUCACUAUGGGCGGCUUACAGGAGGGGGUGUAACACUGGGUGGGUGGGCUGAAUGGAGUACAGUGGUACCUCGGGUUACAGACGCUUCAGGUUACAUACGCUUCAGGUUACAGACUCGGCUAACCCAGAAAUAGUACCUCGGGUUAAGAACUUUGCUUCAGGAUGAGAACAGAAAUUGUGCUCCGGUGGCACGGCAGCAGCAGGAGGCCCCAUUAGCUGAAGUGGUGCUUGAGGUUAAGAACAGUUUCAGGUUAAGAACAGACCUCCAGAACGAAUUAAGUACUUAACCCGAGGUACCACUGUACUUCCAAAAUAUGGUUAUUAUUGUCAUUAUUAUAUAUUCAUUUUCCCCUGACGGGGCUCAAGGCGGCUUACAGGUAAAAUAUAAGAACAGCAAAAAAACAUGCCCCUCUCCCCAAUCAUCAACAACAAAAAAUUGGAGCAUUGAUAGAAUUGAAACUGUAUACAGAUCUAGAAGAUGGUGGAAAGGGACAUGGACCAGCGGAGGAAGGAGUAAUAGGAGGUUGGUAGCAGCCAGAUUUGUUUAUUUAUCAAGCUCUGGGUGUGAAGGAAGUGUGCGUAUGUGUGUCUUCCUUCCUUGGAGGCUCUUUCUCUCUUCCGCCCCCCCACCCCAUUUUUCCAUCGAUUACUCAUCCAGAACAAAAGGCAGAGCCAGGCUCCUAUUAGUCCCGGGUUGGUCCCUUGGUCCCCCAUUGGGAUUCCGCGGAUGUUCAGGCAUGGAUCAUUUGCAAAGAGCCAAGUAGCCAACACGAAUCUCUCAAUCUCUCGCUCUCUCUUCCCUUUCUCCCCCACCUGCAGCUGGGGAAAGGAUGCAGGAGAGGAAGGGAUCGGCCUGCAUGUAGGGGAUGUGCUUCCUUUACAGAGGCAACAACCCCCUUUCCUACCUUUCUCCUUUCCUCUCUCCUUUUCACAUUCGUCUCGCGGUUUCGGGGGGCUAGACAGUAACAUCUAGGGAUGAGGAAAUGUGUUACCUCAGUUGCAUUUUUAGAUGCAGGGUGGCUCAAUCCUUCUGGGUUUAUGUUUUUGAUUGAAAAAAGGAAGGGAGAGGGGGUGGGGUAUGCUUUUGAGUCUGUUAAGGCAGGCUCAUCAGCUUGCUGUCUCCUGGCUUUCUUUUCAAUUGAUUUCAAGAUUUUGGACUCUGAAACUGUUUUGAAGCAAUACUUACGCAUGGAAGCAGGAUGACUGAAACCAGGUUGCAAUUAGUAAACCCACAGUCCUAACCAUUACUACUCAGAAGUAAGCCCCACUGAAUUAUAGCCUAAUUAGCCCUCAUUUUUCCUACCUAAAAUUACAUGUAAACUAUUGAAGCUUAAGAGGCCCUUUGAACAAACAGGACCAACCCUUAUUCAUUAAUAACAGGAAAUCUGCCAAAUGACUUGGGAAACUUUUAAAAAUCUAGGAAGUAGUUUUCAUUUUUGUAUCUUGAUGGGAGAAAAUAUAUUGUAGAGCUUGCAAUUCAAGCAUAACAGUAUGACAGUAGAAUGAAAUAUAAACAAAUUAGUGAUACAAUCCUAUAAUACUCACAUAACUGGUAGUAAGCCCUUUUGAACUAAGUGAUUCAUACUUAUGAGUGGACAUGAAUAGGAUUGUGCUGUGUAUAGAAUAAGUAUGCAUUUCUGAGCUAAGUUGUAUAGGAAACAGUUGAACCAUCUACUUAUUGCGUACAUGUCAGAAUUGUAUUCUCAGCUUUCCCAAAGAACCAUUUAUUUUAAAAUGACAUGAACAUAUUUUGAUUUUAAAUAUCUCACAGAAGUUCUUUUUCUAAGAAUUUUGAAAACUAGGUUGCAUCAUGGUGGAAGACAUUAGUCAUAGGACUCAAAUGCAUCUGGAAUAAUAAAUUCAGCAUUCAUCAACAGUAAAGUUAAAACAGAUCCAUUAGGCAGAGCUAUAAUGUGCUAUGAGGCAGCACAACUGAGUUAUAGCAAGCAUAUUGCUUAACAGGAAACUGUUCUGAGAUGAAUUUAUAUUUUAGGAAGCUGAGAAUUGUGUGGUAAUAACACAGCUCAUUCAGAAAUGCUUAGGAGCCAAAAUCUAUUGUUUUUAUUUUUAAAAAGUCCAAGACUGAACAACAUUUUUAUAUAAUGUUCCAGAUGUUUACCUAUAUUUUUGUGAUCAUGAAAAUAAAAUUGAUCUAUCCUAGAUAUUGCUAAAAUUAUGUACUGAUUAAAAAUGCAUGUCCUAUUGUAAAAUAAAGUAAAGGAUUACCCAAAGUAAUUGUGAAAUAUUAAUUUAUUGAAAGUGGGGGCAAAAUUCGGGCUUGAGGAAGCUAUUGUGUUUUUAUUAGAACCCAGAGACCCACCUACUGGAGUCUGAUGCAAAAGAAAUACAUUUAAAGAAAUCUGAUCCCAGGAAUUUGCUCUUGAGUACUAGAACUGAACAGAAUUCUCAGUCCUGACACAGAAGAAUCCUAGUCAUCCAAUGCUUGCUUUAUUUCAGCAGUAUAAUUUAGAGUCAAUUUGUUGUUGCUGUUGUUAAACAAUUAGAAGUCAGAAAUAGUUGCCAAAGAUCUACCAGUAAAUUCCAUUCUGCCUUCUGUCCACUGCUGCUUAACAGUGUCCAUGCUUGCCUUCUUACUAAGGCAGAGUAAAAAACAGAAGUGAUUUAGAAUGGAAAGGUUAAAAGAGAAAUCUAGGUCACUGGCAUAAGAGUAAUAGUACUUGCAACCUCAGACGAAGCCUCUGGAUAUUAAAUAAGAACACAGAACAAUAUCUGAACAUUAAAGGAAGAUGAAGUGGGUUAUAAUAUAAAAAAUUUCAGUGUAAUAUGAUUUUAUUUUAAAGGAGGGAUCAGUUGCUGUUAGCUUUGUGUCUGAGUUUUCCAUCAGGCUUUGGCAAAAUGCUCACCUGCCUCUCUUCCUUUGUGCUGUAUCUGUUGGUUUCUUUUGCUCAGUUGGGUGCCCUUGGGAUGUUUCAUUGUACCCUCUAAUGCAGUCUCUGGCUUUUUACUGCAGGCUAAAUUCCCUUUGGACAUGAGUAUUAGUGCAGCUUCUCUUCAGUCUCCACCUUUCUGAUCUGCCUCUGAGGCGCAGUUAGCUUAGAAUAUGUUUUUACUCUGAAUUUUCAGUAUAACCCUGUCUAGUGUGACAACAUGGCUUCUAUACAUUUUAGGCUUUUUAACAUUCAGAAUAGCAAGUGCACGAGGCAACAUCAAACAAAAGCUGUCUGAAACAGCUAUGGUGCUCAAAUAUGUCAUUUUCUUUAUAAUAGGAACUAAGCUUCAAAUGUUUAAGCUUCAGUUUUUGGAAUCUUCAAGAAAUGGAGGGCCUCCAAUUUAAUUUAUUCUUUGCAGGAUGUAUUGCUCAUAAGCUUGCAUGUAAAAUAGCAUAGGAAGCAAAAUCCCCUGAGGAAGUUUGUCCUUAUUACCAUGCUGCAUUUUCUAUGUCUUAUUGCUGAUGCACAUGCAAAAUAUAUUGAUAUUCCUGGAGGGGGGGAUGAAUGGGUUUUUUAAGAUGACAGAUUAGGGUUAGGGUUAGGAAACAAUGGAUUGUUUUGUCAAACUUUUCUAAUAGCAAUAUUCAUUGAUGCAGAGAAGAAGGUAUUUGGAAAUAUCCCCCCCCCCCCAUUUUUUUUAUUACUCUGUAGUUGUAUUAAGUGCAAUUUUCCUGUCAUCUCUAGAAAAUAAACUCUUGUCACUACAGAUAAGGGAUUCUAGGCUUUUUCAAAUCAAAGAUGAAAUUGUAAUGGAUAAAAUUUGAAGCUAUUGCAGCGGCAAGGACUGUGAGCUUUUCUGGUUUCUGUCCAUAAACUUGCUGCUAGCAAUUAUUCAUCCCUCACUGGGAUAAUACUGUCCUAUCUCACAAGCAGCACUUAUUUUUCAGGGGGUACUCAAGGGUACGGAAUACCAGCACCUCUUUUUUGUUGUUGCUAAAAAGUGUGGCACUUAUUGUAACAACUUAAUGGCUAGUACCGACACCUAUUUUUCUAGGGGGGGAAACCACUGCUCACAAGGCUAUUGUAAAAAUUAUUUGCAGCAUAUUUGAAACACUUUUAACACUCAGUAUGCUAUAUUGUUGUUGUUGUUGUUUAGUCGUAUCCGACUCUUUGUGACCCCAUGGACCAGAGCACGCCAGGCACUUCUGUCUUCCACUGCCUCCCGCAGUUUGGUCAAACUCAUGCUGGUAGCUUCGAGAACACUAUUCAACCAUCUUGUCCUCUGUUAUGCUAUAUACAUAAAUGCAAGGAAGUAAAUUUUGUACUUUUUUACUUCAGUACUUCCAUUCCCAGUACAAAAUAAACACUUGCCAGCUUUUUCCCGCCAUUCACUUUAUUUUCCAAUACGCUAACAUUUGUUGAGUAACUCAACGCAGCAUCUGGUUUCCAAAAUAAUUGGGGUAUCAAUAGGUAUGGUACCUGAAAUUACUGACGUAUUUUGCGUAAAACUAACCUUUGUGUUUGUAUUGCUGAGAAGUGACUAAUUUAUCAUGUUGCCUGUAUACAUUUUUUCAAACAUAUUUUUUACCAAUAUAAUUUAGUCCAAUAAAAUUGCAUAAGCGCAACAUGGCAAGAAAUCUUCCUUCAUAUACUGACUUUACUUUAGAGAUUAUGGCUUAUUUAAACAAUAGUUUUCUGUUACAUUGAAAUGAGGAGGUUAGAUUACUGACUACUAACUAGCAUAGGGAAUUAUCAUAUGCUGAUUAGUAAACCAAGAUUAAAAUCAUAGUUUCUCGGUUUGACUGUGACAGGAAACUGUGAUUUCAGCAAGUCAUGAUCUCUGAGCUGAAGUAAGUGUGUAAGAGGUUUUGAAAUUGUUUUAGAUUCAUAUGGUGCACCCAAAGUUGUGUGAUUAAAAAUCCCUCUCCCUCUGCAGCCCCCUGUGCCCUCCAGUCUGCUUUGGAGUGUCCAUCUCUGCCAGUUUUAAUGUUUUUAUGAGAAUUUGAACGAUUCUCAUGAUUUUUUGUCUUACCUCACUAACCUUUAGGGCUAUAAAACUAUUUUGCCAUCAGUCUUCAUAUGUGUUCCAAAUUGCCAUCCAUGUGGCUCAUGACCUUGCUGUUGGCACUCUGUGAUUAUCUGCCCUUGAUGAAUUCUCAGUAUUCCAUAAUAAUAAUAUUACCAACGUAAGAACAUUCAAUAGUUUUGAUUUGAGUAAAGGAAAACUGUACACUUGCAGCUUUAAAAAAAUCUGUAUUUCAAGGGUAGUGUCAGUAUUUCUAUAUACUUAUGGUUUUAUAGUAUUGUGUUCAGUGGCAUUGACCUAAAAAUGUCUACUUUUUAUGCUGAACAACAAAAUAAAUAUCAUGUUGAUAUGUUGAUAACUGACUCAAGAUGAAUUAUUUGUUUAAGGCGGGGGGGCGGGUUGCUUGAAGGGGAAUAGCUCUGAACAUGGGAAUUCUUAAUCUUGAAAGUGUUAUUUGUGCUGACAAUGGGUGAUCUCCACUAAGUCCAACUGAAACUAGCUGCAAAUUUAUUUUUGUUGAUCUCAGUGACUGUUGGAUAUCACCCAAUAGACAGCUCACUGGCUUCAUUGGGAUACAGAUGUAUGGCACCUGUUAAGUAUUUUUCAUUUAUUGCACCAGCCAUUUACACCUUGUUCCAAGAAAGGAGAGCUGCAUGUAGAAGCAGGAUUGCAUGCACCCUAUUGAUAAAGAUGUGCAUUCCCAUCUGUGGACAUGCUCAUUUGGACCCCAUUAAAUUGGCUAGAUGCAUCUUUUGAUGACUCUGUGUUCUGAUGGAUUUGGGCCAUAGUGUUGUUAAAUAGCUACACAAACUGUACUUAAAUAAAUAUGCUGAUAUAGUUUAAUUCUGUGCACAAUGAGAACAGUUGGGGGAAAUAAUCAACAUUGUAUGAUGCAACGUUUAUGAUGUUGCUAGUAUAUGUGCUAUAGGAAUUACCAGUGCUGAGAGAUGAGUCUGUGUAACAUUUGUCCUUCUGAAAUAACCUGAGGAGUUUGGCUGUUUGAGACAUGCCUUCAGAAGGAAAUAGUUGACUGAUGAUAUAAGACAUUUCAUCAGUGCAUACGUGGAAUUAUCAAGGAAAACUUAAGUCAGGUGAGCAUGGUGAAAUGGCAUCAUACUAGUUUACCAGCAUUUGACUCAUUUACCUCUUUCACACAUUUUCCUGUAGCAAACAUAUUGACAGACAUGGCCUACUUGUACAUUGCCUUGGUCAGGUGUUCAGCUUGUUCUUUUUCUUCAGUCAGCCAACCUAUGCAAGAUGGCCUGUGUUGACUGCAAGACAACAUGCUGAAAAUGUAAGAGCCUCACCCUGGCAAGCAGCUCUGUGCAUAUGUUGAAAAGGGAAAAAAAUCCCAAGAUCUGCUGUUGACAUGAGAUUGGAACAGAUAGGCAAUGCUAAUGCUGCAAGUAAUCUAACAGAAAUGUUAGCAUUUACCAACCCAUAUCUAUUGGACAAAGCUGGACAUAAAGUCAUUUACUAAGAUCAAGCAUUUUGAGUAAAACCAAAUUUUGAAGAGCUGGGGUGCCACAAAGAAGAAGAUACUACUGCUGAACUGCAACUAAUAUGAGGAAGGAUCGUGCACAGUUUAUCGUCAUGAUAAAGAUCAAAGAAAGAUGGAAGAAAGUUUGUAUCCCUUUGAAGCAUACAUCAAACUCUCAUUGUUCAGCAUGGUUGUUGGCAUCCAUCUGUCUCAAGAGACAAUGGCUACAAGAAAGCUGCACCAUCCCCUACAGCUGAUUUCCUGUUGAAUAUGUUCCACAAGGGAAAUAAAGCUUGUGACAACUUCAUUGCUGUGAGAAUCUAUUACAUCUCAAACCAGCCAAUUACAAGGUGUAAUCUUUUACAACAGUCAGAAGAAAAAUAAGAAAAUACUGUAUAUUUAAGGUGACAAUUCCUGUAUCACUACAAAAAAGAGUUACAGGUAUAUCCCCUGAUAUUAGUUCCUCUGAUUUGGUCACAUAGAUGCAACCACGUUUUAAACUGACAGUUUUCACUUAAAAGUAGAAUCCAUAGUCGACAGCUAUCUAUCAUAGAUUGCACAUGAGUUGAUGGAAUGUUCCUUCUUUCCAUGUGUAUGCUAGUGGAGUCUGAACUGGCAGUGACUGACCAGAAACAAGACGAAGAUAUAUAAUUGACUUAAUUUAUUACCUUGCAAUGUCAUGUACUUCACUAAAUUACAUUAUUAUGUGCACCUAUGACAUGGAUAUGUUACUCAUUCUUCUAGGAAAUUCUGAAAGCAAAUGUUUGGAUGGAAGUAGGUUUGCAAUCAAAGAGUAGUUUGAAGUACUACAUAGAUGUGUGAUAGCUAGCUCAUUUAUGAUCACUAUGUGCAAAUCCGUAUCUGGAUUUCUUUGCUUCACUGGAUGCCUUUUUAAGCGAGGGAAGAUUCAGCCUUCAAGGUUCAGGAAGGAAAUGAGAAUGUACAAGCCAUGCUUUCUUCUUUAAAGUGAUUGGAUUUGGAAUGAGGUAACAAAAGCUUAAAACCAUGUAAAUUGAAGCUAGUUAAUGAAGCAAGGCUGCAGAAGUUAAUAGUUGUGUACAAUUAAUGUGGUUCUAUGAGUGAAAUUAUAGGAACAUAUGGAAGAACUGUGCUGCCAUGCAAGUCAUUCAAAAGAAGAUAUUGUAGACAAUUUUAUUUAUGGAAAUGGACCCAAGCUACACAAAGCAAGACACUGUUGUCCAGUCCACAGCUAGAAAACUGAAAAUCAAAGUGCACAACAGAGGGAUUUGAUGGGGAUCAGGAUUCCUAUCUCUCGGAAUCUUCAAGUACACAGAUCAUGAUGCCUCGGUACCAUUCUCAUGUAGCUGAUGAAAUAGAGGAGACUCAUGUUCUUUGUGGAUUUGGAGACAGUCUUCACCCAAAAGUGUGCUUGUUAUCAAUUUUAUUCAUGUACAGCAAGUAAAAUCACAAACAAGGUUUGUGAUAGCUAGCCUGAAAAAAGCAUAAUAAUUGUAUAAAUUAUACAAUAAGCUAACUAAACCCUCACAAAACUAAAUAAGGCAUAAGACUACAAACAGUUAAGCGUAAGGCUACCAAGCAAUAGCCUGCAUGGCAUCUUACAGCCGGGGUGAAACAUCUCUGUUAGUUCUGGGUCUAUCUCUUAAGUUCCUCAUCUUAGUUUCAGCAGCUGAGUUGUGGUUUUGCCAGUUGUCUGGCUCCCUAUUAUGUAUUGUUUCACUAUGCUGACAAGGCUAAUUCAUGUUUUCAUAAUACACAUAUGAGUUAUAUGUCACUGGGCUUUACCUUCUUUAUGCAUUCCUGGGAGGAAAAGGGAAUACUCUAGAUCCCAAGCAGCUACGUUCUUCAAACUAAAAGCAGUUGUGUGAGAAACUCAGCUUAUAUGUUACAGACAACCAGCCUUUGAUUCUUCCAGCUAGUGCAUUGUUUAUCAUACUUUACAAGCCUUGUGACAUUUGCUAAUUUCUACUGAAUAAAUGCUGUGCUGCUGACAAAGAUUUAUAUUAACUCUGGAAGGGACAGGUUACAAAUAGCAAACAAAGCUAAGUCCAUGCAUGUUAGGCCUUAUGCUGGGGCAUUAAAGGGACAAUUGCCAGCAUCAGUCCUUGUGAUAACCGUAGUCUUCUACACAUGUCAGGAAGAUUUUGGGAUUCACAUGGCAGGAGAGCAUCUUAAACAAAGAUGUGCUCUCCCAAGCCCACAUUCUCACCAUGUUUGCACUCCUGUCUCAGCAACAUCUACGCUAGGUUGGUAAUGUCCACAGAAUAAAAGAUGGCAGGAUCCCCAAGGACAUGCUCUGUGGAGAGCUUGCUUCAGGCACUGGGCCCAUUGGCAGACCAACUCUUCAUUACAAAAAUGUCUGCAAACUUGACAUGAAGGCUGGCAACAUUAAUCCUGUGGUGUGGGAAUCCCUUGCAGACGACCACAGUGCCUGGAGACAGACAAACAGGUUGUAUAUCCACAGCAGUGACCUGAGGAGGAAUGACCGUUGGAAGAAGAAACACCAUGGUACACUUGCGGCAGCACAACCGAACGCUUUCAUCUGCCUCAGCUGCAACAGAUCCUGUAUUUUUCGUUUCGGUCUCUACUGCCACAGCAGGCGCUGUAACUCUCCAAUAGCUCAACUCUGAUAUUGUCUUCUGCUAACUAACACACAACUGGGGGAAGGACAACAUAUGCAUGGUCAAUUGGUUUUUAAUGCCUGGUGGUUGUUUCUCCUUGUGAUCUUAAUGGCAUUGGUAUCAGUGAGUUCCUGAACCAGGAGACCUAGCUCAGCCUUUAUUUUUCACUGGUAUCUUCCCUUCAUACUCCAAAAUCAGAUAAAUUCUACCCCUUUACUAAACUUAGGAUUAUGGGUAGUCUGCAACAUCCCCCCAAAUUCAUAAUAUUAUUUUCCUACUUCAAGUAAAGGUGUGCUCCAAGUAGAACCAUUGAAGAACAAGAGAAAUAAGAUACAAUACUUUGCAUACUUUUUUCUAGCUCUGUCACAGGUAUGCACAUGCUCAGAUUUAGGAAUAAGAAGCUCAACCCAGUGUUUGGAAACAUGUUAUGGCCCAAAGGCUGUUGUUUAGAUUUAUUUUCUGAUAUAUUUUGCAUAUUUGUAUGCAACCAAUUUGCUCCCUGGCAAUUCACAAUAAAAUGCAUAGAACAAUGAAAUCAAUAGUACACAGCAAACCAGGAACAGAGGUGCAUUUAAAAUAGAUUAAAGCAUGAAGCAUAAAAGGCUUCAGAAAAGCAGAUCUUCUUACAGUGCCAAAAGAGAAGAAUGAGUGCAUGGUUAGCCUCCCUAGGGAAGGAGUUUUGUGAGUGGUACAGAGGUAUUUGCUUUAACAGAGAAUUGGCAGCUAAUAGUUACCCUUAUUGGGUGGCACUGUGGGUUAAACCACAGAGCCUAGGACUUGCCGAUCAGAAGGUCGGCGGUUCAAAUCCCUGCGACAGGGUGAGCUCCUAUUGCUCGGUUCCUGCCAACCUAGCAGUUCGAAAGCACGUCAAAGUGCAAGUAGAUAAAUAGGUACCGCUCCGGCGGGAAGGUAAACGGCGUUUCCGUGUGCUGCUCUGGUUUGCCAGAAGCGACUUAGUCAUGCUGGCCACAUGACCCGGAAGCUGUACGCCGGCUUCCUCAGCCUAUAGAGCGAGAUGAGUGCCGCAACCCCAGAGUCGGCCACGACUGGACCUAAUGGUCAGGGUUCCCUUUACCUUUACCUUAGUUACCCUUAUUACAGCUAUUCCUGACGGACCUUCUGGAAUAGGUUUUAAUUGAGCACAGGCUGCAGUGGGGAAGGGAAACUUGGAGAAUAUAAGCCUGCCUUGUGGAAGUCCCUUUUUGCUUUUGCAAGACAUAUCUGGAUCCAAGCCAUGAUAUGUACUAGCUAUGAAUGGUGAAUGUGCUUGUCUAUAGCACUCGUGAUUCAAGUUGAAGUUUAGUAUCAUAAUGGGAAAAGAAAAUUGGUUAAUUGCUAAUGAGUGGUCCUUUACAAUUAGAAUAUAUUCUGUGUUGAAUAUGUUGGAAAUUGCUGUUGUGUUUUUGCUGUGCCUUUUUCAAAAUUCAGUUGCAGUCUCUCACCCCAACCCCACCUCCCAGUGAGUCAUGUGUGUCUGACUGUGCGGUGUGAAAUUUUGUUUUUUCAGGAAACAGUUCCUGGCAAAUUAGGGAAGUGUGACAAGUCUCUCAACUCUUCUUUUUGCUUUCAGAUCUGUGGAGGUGACUAAGUAUUUUGGUAUUGCUUUCAGAUUCAGAGAAAGGACAGCUCAAUCCUACCCAUUCUAACUCAUGGGUGGGGAGUCAGUGGUCCUCCAGACGUCAUUAGACUUCCAACUCCCAUCACUCAAGCUGGCAUGGUCAAUAGCAAUGGAUUAUAGAAGUUGUUGUUCAGCAACAUAUAGUGUUAGAAACUGAGAUAUGACAGCUAAAUGGCACCUUAAACCUAGGUUAUGGGCACAAGAAUGGAAUGUCUAGGUGCACUUUUUAUAACAAGAAUACAAAGCUGAAAAUGAAUGAACUGCAGCUAAAGUAUUAUGUUCAUUUUUCACAUGGUCUAGUCCUUUCCCUGCUGACCCCCCUAAUAUUCUUAAAAGGUUCUCUUCUCCAGUCUUCAGAGAGCAGCUGGAAGUGGGGAGACAGAAAAAGUUCCUCCUUUCCUUCCACUCUGCAGUUUUAAUCUGAAAUCUUAGGCACAGUACUGUGCCCAGAGCUCAGAAACUGCUCUCGCUAAUGCAGUUCCGUGUUGCAAAAUACGCCUGGAACAAUGGGAGUUUUGAACACUGCAUAUAGAUAGCCACAAGUUCCCCAUAUUUGCUCUAGCUCAGGCUUCCUCAGCCUUGGCCCUCCAGAUGUUUUGAGACUACAAUUCUCAUCCCUGACCACUGGUCCUGCUAGCUAGGGAUCAUGGUAGUUGUAGGCCAAAAACAUCUGGAGGGCCAAGGUUGAGGAAGCCUGCUCUAGCUGAUGCAAAAUAAUUUCUGUUGCACAGGGUCCCUUCAGUCCUCCAAAUGAGAUUUAUGGAGGGGGAGCAGGGGAAUUGCUAGAAACUGCUCCUCUCCCCUUUCUUCCAUCAGGGAAUUGGACAACAUUGGAAGCCACGCGGUAGCUGCUGCUUUAAUGUUUACUUCAAUUGUUUUAAUGUGAUUCAUCUUGCAUGUGGGCAGGAGACUAUAGUUUCAUCUACCUCUGUCCUGAGUGAGGAGGAGCAUAAAGGUGCUGGCUCUUCUUUACUGUUCUGAGAUAAUCCCUUAUGGUCCAUGAUUAUUAUUACUUCUCCUGAUAACCAUAUACUUACUGGGUUCCCUCCCUCCUAAACAUGUCUUCAAAGGAAAUUUGAAUACCUCUCUGAAAUUGUAAAUCUAUGGAAGAACUGGUUAAAUGAAUUGUGCCCAAGCAGGCUCUACAGGUUAUUGAGAGAGCAGUAAACUGCUUUUGACCCAUGGAAGUCAUUUAGAAGUGCUUCUGUCAGCAGCUUUUAGAGCUGAAUGCACUGGUUUGCUAUAUUAUAAAAUAACAGGAAAAAUCCCUUUUACCUGUCUUUCAUUAGUUUCCCUUACUCAGCCAUUUCAAUAUUCUUGUCAUUUUUAAAAUUUCCCAUCCCUUUGGGUUGGGUGACAAUGUAUGCCUGCAAAACAGGAUUAAUAAAUGGAUAUUUCACACAAAUCAAUACUGAAACAGACAGGUGUUAAGUGCUUUCUGGUCCGUGUGUGUGUGCGUGUAGGAAGGAUAUCAGAAUUCAAAAGCUUUGAGACCAUGGGGCCGUAUUCAGUGUAAUGCUGGGGAGAUCAGUCCAUCACUCAAGCGUUUCUGCUUGCUUGACAGCAGUCUCUCCUUCCUUGCCCUUACUGUUCUGGGGAUUCUGCUUACUCUCCAGAGCAGAUUUGGGGAGGGCAUGUUGUGGCUAUUGCACUGGCUUCCACUAGUGUGAUGACUUAGUUGAAUAUUGUUAAUUUAUUUUUUAUUAUUAAUAAUAUGGCCCAGGGAUAAUAUUUUAAUAUUGUUUAAAAUAUGGAUCGUAAAUUAUGCUGUCCCUAUUGUAAGGAAGUUUUUGUACUGCCUUAAUAUUUAAAUUAUAUAUCCUGUAUUUUUAAUACUGUUUUAUUGUACGCUGCCCAGUGAAUAUUUAUUGAUGGGCUGCUACAUAACUCAUAAUUCAUAAAUCAUAUAAUUGUAGAUUUGGAAGGGACCCUGAGGCUCAUCUACUAAAAUAUAUGUAUCUUGCUGGCCAGCAAAGCUUACCCAAACCUUUCAGAAAUUAAAAUAUUGUUGACUGCAUAGCCUUUUUGUGAUAGUAAUGUUUACUGCAAAUGUAUUGACAAUAUUUUAUUGCACGAAUCUGUAGCUGUAUACAAGAUACAAAAUAUUGAAGCACUGCUUUGUAUUGUGGAAAAUGUUUGUUUUGAAUAGGAAAUUUCACAGGAGUUAUUGUAGACACACCUAUAUUCAAAAUCUAGAGUAUGUAUACCAAUAUGUUUUAUGCCAUUUUGGCAUGCUUUGGUCUACUGCAUCAGUUUUCAAUUAAGACCAAUAAGAAUUCUAAAAUAUGUUGUUUGGCUUUAAACUAAAGUUACCAUUUCUGUGUUUUCUUAGAAUGUAUGACAACAUGUCCACAAUGGUGUAUCUAA